UGGCUUGGCUACUUGAAUUAAACACGGUUUCAGGAUUAUUAUUUUGUCGUCGUUACCUAGCUAGCUACCUAUCUCCACCUCAUCAUCAUCAUCAUCGUAUAUAUAUAUAUAUAUAUAUAAUAUAGCUUAGCUGGUGUCUGCUGUGUCGUCUCUCACUCCUCCACUGCAUUCGCUGGUGGUGAUAUAUGAGAAUAUAUAUAUAUAUAUAGUUAGUUAUAAUUAUAUGCAUAUACUAAACAGUAGGGUGUGGGUAUAGUUAAUAUAAUUAAGAUCGACGACGAUGGUGAGGCCUGGUUGGUAUGACAAGGCAAGCGGAAUGAAGAAGGGUGCGUGGAGUGAAGAUGAGGACGCCAAAUUAAGAGCUCACAUCCUCGCCCAUGGCCACCGCAACUGGCGCCGCCUCCCCAUUCUCGCCGGUCUAGCUCGAUGCGGGAAGAGCUGCAGGCUACGCUGGAUGAAUUACCUCAAACCUGGCCUCCGCCGGGGAAACUUUACAAAGCAGGAAGAACAUCUCAUCCUCCAUUUACACGCCCAGCUUGGAAACAAGUGGGCCGCCAUUGCAGCAAAGCUCGAGGGAAGGACCGACAACGAGAUCAAGAAUCACUGGCACGCCCACUUAAAGAAGCGCAUCAAAUAUACUUCUUUUGAUGCUAAUGGCGACCAUCGAUCGUCGUCAUCGCAAGAAGAAACGACUCCAGAUUCAAAUUUGUGCAUGAUCCAAACAACAUCUGAUCAUCACAAAAAAGCUUCAGAUGAUGACCAGAUUAUUAUAAGUCAUGUGAUCGGACAGCCUUCUCCUGAUCUUCCUCAAAAUCGGGACAACAACGAUUACAAUUGCAGUCAGGUCCAUCCAUUAAUUUCAGACGAUGAUGAUGCAGUGAUACUCCCGUUGUCAGAUGAAGAACUCGAUGACUUGAGUCUGGUCUGCCAAGAAUUGAUGAUGCUCAACAAAGAAUCCAAUUGCUCUUCAACCUGCAAUUAUGGUGCAGAGAUUGUCGACACCCAACCAAGUUUCACAUCUAAUUAUUACCCAUUUGGAGACGACGAUGAUUAUUACAAUUAUUAUUAUCUGCAGCAGCAGCAAGCUCCUACGAUCAUCGAAUCUUUCAUGAUGAAAUAAGCAGUAUGUAUAUAUGGUCUCUAUGUGCUAUAUAGGCUUGGUGUGGUGUUACUGUUAAAUAAAAAUUGCAAUAAUAUAUGAUUAGGCUACAAUGUUUGCAGUAAUGUAUAGUUAUCGAAUCUGCUACUUAAUUUAUUCUACUAUCAUUGUUAGCUGGAGUAUAAAAGUUAACCUUUGCUGGAUAAUAAUCGAAAGUCGUUUUUACAAAUUUAUGCUGAAGGUAGGAUUUGAUCUUAUAGAGUGACGGAACCAGUUUUG